AUGAGUCAAAACGACAUUAUUGUCUGUAUCGUCCUGCCCACGGUGCUCAUCUUUAUUACGGCGAUCUUAGCACGUCAACGGGGCCAAGUCCUUGCAGUAGAUGCUGCUGAUCGAAAGACAAUUUACUACACACCGAGCGAAAUUCGUUCACUCAUUGCAGCCAAAACGAUCCACGGCCGAGAUAAUCAGCUUAGACCACUCAAAUCCAGAAGCCUCCCGAACGAAUCGCUACAGCUAGCAUUUGGUAUUCAAAAUGCUUUUACAAGUGACGACCAAUGCUACGUUGAGGAAUUUGUUAAGAUGUCAAGCAACUUCAUCAACCUCUCAAGUGACAGUUGGGACAUUAUUGUCUCAACGACUCAAAACACUGUCAAGCAAUGGAAAAGUGACGCCCAAGGUGCUUACGAAUCUCGAUGUGAAGUUGAACUUGUGCCUAUGGUACAGUCAAUGACUCUGAACGCUGUUCUGACAGCUUUUUUCUUCCUCAGGAAAAAGGCUGGCACCAACGAUGUCCCGUCCAAAGCCCUUACUAAGCUGGCUGAGGCUAUCAAUGACACAUGGAUUAUGUCCAAAAAAGAAGACACCCUUAUAGCAUUCGAACAUAAUGAUAAGCUACGAUCGGCUCUUAUUGAGGUAUUACCAGAUGCGGACAUAUCGAAUCCACGCGGGAACCCGUUGAACUUGAUAUUGCCUGGUUUCGAAACCAUGUGGCGGAUCGUCUUACGAUGCUUUCUUGAGGUCGCAUACAAAACAGGUAAAGAGCAUACAAACUGGAGGGAAGCGCUAGUAAGUUACUCUGAAAAUCCUACGGCAGAGCGAUUCAAUCGAGCCUUUUCACCGGACGGGGCAUCUGCAAAGAAUCUAGUCAAGGAAGCACUUCGUCUGUACCCGCCAACGAAACGAGUAUAUAGAGCCUGGAAGGAAGCAACUUCCCCAGAACCGAAGAAGAUCGCCGCGGAUAUUGAAGCUUGCCAUCUGUCAACAAGCAUCUGGGGAGAGACAGCUGGAAAAUUCGACCCUUUACGCUGGGAAAAAGUGACAAAGGAGCAAGAAGAGGCUUUUUUACCUUUUGGUUCUAGACCGUUCGAGUGCCCUGCAAAACCAAUGUUUGGGCCACGGCUAGUAGGCCUAUUAGUUGGAACGCUACUUGGUGCAUAUCCGCAUGACUGGACUGAUGGCGCACGUAAACUCGUAUUAGGACAUGAGAAGUAA